UUCUUUUCGCUUGUGUGCAGGCGUCCGCCUCGUACCUUUACUGGAAAAUAAACUCGCCAAGCAGCAACUGAUUGCGAUUACAAGUCCAUCUGGUGAAGGAUACCGCUAUAAUGGGUGUUUUUCACCAAAGUAGACUUCAUAACAGUUUCCUUGCUCGUGGAUUUUGAUUUUUAAAAGCCACACACACCUUGACGCUCGCCAGUUAACCUUAGUGGGGGUUUUUCUCGCCACUGUCCUGUGGUGCCGUCUUGGUGAGAGUCUUCAGACGAGGUACAUACACAAGGAGUUCUACUGACCCGCAAACAUGUCUGGGGCCUCUGUAAAAGUUGCCGUCCGAGUACGGCCUUUCAACUCCAGGGAGAUGGGCAAGGAGUCAAAAUGUAUCAUUCAGAUGCAAGGCAAUACUACAACUAUUCUCAACCCCAAAGCCCCGAAGGAACCAGCAAAGACCUUUAGUUUUGAUUACUCCUACUGGUCACACACUACGCCGGAAGAUCCCUGCUUUGCGUCACAGAACCUUGUGUUCAAUGACAUUGGCAAGGAGAUGCUGGCACAUGCGUUCGAGGGCUACAAUGUCUGCAUCUUUGCUUACGGCCAGACGGGAUCUGGCAAAUCCUACACCAUGAUGGGCAAGCAGGAGGAGGGGCAGGAAGGAAUCAUCCCCAUGCUCUGUGAAGAUCUGUUUGAGAAAAUCGAUGACGUCAGCAACAAAGAGGAGCUCUCCUACUCCGUGGAGGUCAGUUACAUGGAGAUCUACUGUGAACGAGUGCGAGAUUUGCUAAAUCCUAAGAACAAAGGGAACUUACGAGUGCGAGAACAUCCGCUACUGGGUCCCUACGUAGAAGACCUGUCCAAGCUGGCUGUCACAUCCUACACAGACAUUGCUGACCUAAUGGAUGCCGGCAACAAGGCUAGAACUGUGGCUGCCACCAACAUGAAUGAGACCAGCAGUAGGUCCCAUGCUGUUUUUACCAUCGUCUUCACACAGAAGAAACAUGACAGCGAGACCGACAUCUCCACGGAAAAGGUCAGCAAAAUCAGUCUGGUAGACUUGGCAGGGAGUGAACGAGCAGAUUCCACUGGAGCUACAGGCACCAGGCUAAAGGAAGGAGCAAACAUCAACAAAUCUCUCACCACGUUAGGAAAGGUUAUCUCUGCCUUGGCUGAAGUGACUCAGGAUAACUGUACAAGCAAGAGCAAGAAGAAGAAGAAGACUGACUUCAUCCCGUACAGAGACUCUGUUCUGACAUGGCUGCUAAGGGAGAACCUAGGUGGAAACUCGAGAACAGCCAUGGUAGCCGCCCUCAGUCCUGCAGAUAUCAACUAUGAUGAAACUCUCAGCACGCUCCGCUAUGCUGACCGAGCAAAGAACAUCAAAUGCAAUGCUGUCAUCAAUGAGGAUCCCAACAACAAGCUGGUGCGCGACCUGAAGGAUGAAGUGGCUAGAUUGAAGGAGCUUCUCCGUGCUCAGGGCCUGGGAGACAUCCUAGACAUUGAUCCUAUGGGAGAUGAUUGCCCAGGAAGUGGAAUAAAAUACCUCAAAGACAUUCAGAACAAUAAGAAUAGAUACUUGAUAGCCUCAGAGAACCAACGCCCUGGCCAUUUCUCCACAGCCCCCAUUGGUUCCCUGACAGCCUCACCAUCGUCUGGCUCACUGUGUAACCAAGGGGGCCUUCAGUCGGUCACCAGCAUCCAGGAGCGCAUCAUGUCCACCCCUGGAGGAGAGGAGGCCAUUGAAAGACUCAAGGAAUCAGAAAAGAUAAUUGCCGAGCUCAAUGAAACCUGGGAAGAGAAACUGCGAAAGACGGAGGCCAUUCGCAUGGAGAGGGAGGCCUUGCUUGCAGAGAUGGGUGUGGCAAUCCGUGAAGAUGGAGGAACUUUGGGGGUCUUUUCUCCUAAAAAGACUCCACACCUGGUUAACCUGAAUGAGGAUCCGCUCAUGUCAGAGUGUCUGCUCUACUACAUCAAAGACGGAAUUACAAGGGUGGGUCAGGCUGAUGCUGAAAGACGACAAGACAUCGUUUUAAGCGGUGCUCAUAUCAGGGAAGAACACUGCAUCUUCCGCAGCGAGAGGAAUGCCAAUGGAAAUGUUAUCGUCAUGCUGGUGCCCUGCGAGGGAUCAGAAACCUACGUCAACGGCAAACGCGUCGAGGAUUCUAUCCAGCUUCGUUCAGGUAACCGCAUCAUUAUGGGAAAGAACCACGUGUUCCGGUUCAACCAUCCAGAACAGGCCCGAGCUGAAAGGGAGAAAACGCCAACUGCUGAAACCCCGGUGGAGCCGGUGGAUUGGACCUUCGCUCAGAGGGAGCUUCUGGAGAAGCAGGGCAUCGACAUGAAGCAGGAGAUGGAGAAAAGGCUCACUGAGAUGGAAAUCUUGUACAAAAAGGAGAAGGAGGAAGCAGACCAACUUCUGGAGCAGCAGCGACUGGUGUACGAGAGCAAAUUGCAGGAACUUCAAAAACAGGUGGAAACUAUUUCUCUGGUCGCUGAAACACCUGAUGAAGAGGAGUUGGAAGAGGAGGAGGAAGAGGAAGAGCCUAAACUUCUGGGAUUGCCGUGGACUCCGCACGAGUUUGAGUUGGCUCAGUGGGCUUUCAGGAAGUGGAGGUACCAUCAGUUCACCUCCCUCCGUGACCAGCUGUGGGGGAACGCAGUCUACUUGAAAGAGGCCAAUGCCAUUAGUGUAGAGCUAAAGAAGAAAGUCCAGUUCCAGUUUGUCUUGGUGACAGACACUCUGUACUCUCCACUGCCCUCUGAGCUCUUGUGCCCAGAAGCAGACAAAGAGCAGGACUCCAGGCCUUUCCCUCGCACCGUGGUGGCCGUUGAAGUUCAGGACCUAAAGAAUGGAGCCACGCACUACUGGUCCCUUGAUAAACUCAAGCAGAGGCUGGAGCAGAUGAGAGAGAUGUAUGACCGAGCUGGAGAAAUGGCCUCGACUAACCCGGAGGACGGCGAGGGCACUCUGACAGGAAAUGACCCCUUCUAUGAUCGCUUCCAUUGGUUUAAACUUGUGGGCAGCUCCCCCAUCUUCCACGGGUGUGUUAAUGAGCACCUGGCUGACCGCACUCCCUCGCCCACCUUCUCCACCACGGACUCCGAGAUCACCGAGCUGGCGGACGAGCGACAGAGCGAGAUGUCUGACUUGAUUGACGACGAGGCCUUCGUGGACGACACCAGCUCGGACGCCGGCACCGAAGAGGGCUCGGACAUCUUCAGCGACGGCCAGGACCCCUUCUACGACCGCUCCCCCUGGUUUAUCCUGGUGGGAAGGGCUUUCGUGUACCUGAGCAACCUGCUGUACCCUGUACCACUGGUGCACCGUGUUGCCGUAGUAACGGAGAAGGGCGAGGUGCGUGGUUUCCUGCGCGUGGGGGUCCAGGCUAUAGCUGCUGAUGAGGAGGCGCCAGACUACGGCUCAGGAGUCAGACAGUCAGGAACUGCCAAGAUUUCUUUCGAUGAUGAGUAUUUCAAAAAGAAUGACUUCCCUUCCACUGUAAUGACCCACUCCGGCUUGUCCCAGGAAGAGCUGCGCUUCGUGGAGGGUCAGGGUCAGAGUUCAGAGGUUAUUACACCCUCAGAGGAGCUCAACAGAAUCAAUGACAUGGACCUCAAGCUCGGUAACGUCGCAGACACCAAGCUGAGUUGUGGAGAUGAUCUGGCAGGUCAGCUGGAGGUGGGCAGCAUCUUUACCUUCCGUGUUACUGUCCUCCAGGCCAAUGGCGUCCCGCCAGAGUACGCAGAUAUCUUCUGCCAAUUCAAUUUCCUGCAUCGUCAUGACGAGGCUUUUUCCACUGAGCCUCUGAAGAACACUGGCAAAGGAGCUCCUCUGGGCUUUUACCACGUCCAGAACAUUUCGGUUGAGGUCACAGAGUCCUUCAUAGAGUACAUCAAGACCAAGCCCAUCGUGUUUGAAGUGUUUGGCCACUACCAGCAGCACCCGCUGCAUCUUCAUGGCCAGGACCUGAUCAGUCCUCCAACACCGUCUAGGAAAUACUACCCAAUUCCCAUGCCUCUGUCUAAACCAGUUGCAGCUACCAAGUUGAAUACCAUCACCAAGUCCAACCUGGGUCAAUGCGUCAGCAAGUAUGACCUUCUAGUCUGGUUUGAGAUCAGCGAACUGGAGCCCACUGGAGAGUACAUCCCGGCUGUCGUGGAUCACAGUGGAGGGCUGCCCUGUAAUGGCAACUACCUACUGCACCAGGGGAUCCAGCGGAGGAUCACUGUGACUCUCAUCCACGAGAAGGGAAGCGAGCUCCACUGGAAGGACGUUCGCGAGCUUGUAGUGGGUCGGAUCAGGAGCAAGGCGGAAGUGGAUGAAAGCGCUGCUGAUGCUGUCCUGUCCCUCAACAUCAUUUCUGCCAAGAACAUCAAGUCGUCCCACAACUCCAACAGGACUUUCUACCGCUUCGAGGCAGUGUGGGACAGCUCUCUGCACAACUCUCUCCUGCUAAACCGAGUCACUCCUUAUGGAGAGAAGAUCUACAUGACCCUGUCUGCAUAUUUGGAGUUGGACCAUUGCAUCCAGCCUGCUAUUAUUACCAAAGACAUCUGCAUGGUCUUCUACUCCCGAGAUGCAAAGAUCUCUCCUCCUCGUUCCCUACGGAACCUCUUUGGGAGUGGAUACUCUAAAACCCCUGACUGCAAUCGAGUCACUGGCAUCUACGAGCUGAGCUUGUGCAAGAUGUCCGACUCUGGAAGCCCAGGGAUGCAGCGGAGGAGGAGAAAAAUUCUGGACACAUCGGUGGCAUAUGUGCGUGGAGAGGAAAACCUGGCCGGCUGGAGGCCCAGAGGAGACAGUCUCAUCCUGGAGCACCAAUGGGAGCUGGAGAAAAUGGAGCAGCUGCACGAGGUGGAGAAAACCCGGCACCUGCUGCUGCUGAAGGAGAGGCUGGGAGACGACGCUCCACUGGGAACUGCUCCCACCCCAAAGUCCCUGAGCGGGUUGCUAUCCCCCAGCAUGAGCACAGACAGCCUGUCCACCUCCACCUCCAUCUCUUCGCAGAUCUCCAGCACCACCUUUGAGAGCGCCAUCACGCCCAGCGAGAGCAGCGGUUAUGACUCUGCUGACAUCGAGAGCCUGGUGGAUCGCGAGAAGGAGCUGGCCACUAGGUGCCUGCGCCUUCUGACGCAUACCUUCAACAGUGAAUACAACCAAGUGGUCAACAGUAUUAGUGACUGCAAGCUGUCUGACAUCUCACCAAUGGGACGUGACCCAUCAGUAACCAGCUUCAGCAGCGCCACUCUCACCCCCUCGUCCACCUGCCCCUCUCUGUCUGACUCCCGCUGUGGUUCCAUGGACCAGAAGACCCCGGAGAACAGCUCCCGUGCCUCCAGUCCCUCCUGCUCAGACUAUGAAAACUUCCCCAUGGUUCCGACUCUGGAGUCUUCCUACCUUGCACGGGCUGGAAAGAACGAGUUCCUCAACUUGGUGCCUGAUAUUGAAGAAAUGAGACCAGGAUCGGUGGUUUCUAAGAAAGGUUUCCUAAGCUUCAUGGAGCCGCGCUCCAACUCGUGGGUGAAGCACUUUGUGGUUGUGCGCCGGCCCUACGUCUUCAUCUACAACAGCGACAAAGACCCGGUGGAGCGAGGUGUCCUCAAUCUCUCCACAGCACAGGUGGAAUACAGUGAAGACCAGCAGGCCAUGCUCAAGACUCCCAACACAUUCGCUGUGUGCACAAAACAUCGAGGAAUCCUGCUGCAGGCCAACAACGAGAAGGACAUGAACGACUGGCUGUAUGCGUUUAACCCUCUGCUAGCAGGAACGAUAAGAUCAAAGCUGGCCAGGAGGCGCAGUGGCUUAAUGAAGAAGUGAGGGGCUUGACUGGCGCCCAGGAAACCACGGCUUCCAUUCUUUCCCGGCAAGCCUUUUGAACAUACCAAGUGUUAACACUUAUUAAUCAUUGUGAUUCUUGACGGUUUUCUCUUGUUAGUAGACUUGUGGCUUAAGUCUCCUUUCAUGCAACUAAAAGCUUCAGUUUGAGAGAAAUUUGCCGCCCCCUUCAACAACCCUGUGUCAACUUAGCGCUCCUGCUCUCUAUUUCUCUUCCCCUCCUCUUCCUCCUCAGCUCUUUGUGUUCUUUGUUUUUAUGGCACUGUUCAUUCCCUAACUAGUAGCAUGUUGUGAUAGUCUACUUGUGUGUGCACGAUUCUUCAGAAACUUUUCUUCAGACACAAAUCUUCAGUUUGCCAAUCAUCUGUAGAAAAAAAAGUUGUCUCCAUCAGUGUUACUUGUUUCCCGAGAACAGUUUGAAUUCUAUUUUUGGCCUUUUUAUUUUAUUUUUUUUAUUAAGACGCCUGCAUGCGAACAGCAGAAGUCCUCAGAAUUCUUUGAGUAAGCAAACCCGGUCGUCUCCUAACGAAUCGGAUAACCUACAGUUUAAACCAUGAAGGAAAAUAUGAAAAAAAAUGCGAAGCUGCUUCCAGACUUAUUGCUGCUAAUGAAUUAAUAGUUUUUCUUCUUCUCUUCGUGAGGCCGGGCCGCCGCCUUUGGCUCCCCUCUGCCGUCCCCUACACGGCCUUAAGAUACAAAAUGUUAAGUCUGAAAAAUGUGUACCAACUCGGCUAGACCCGGGGGGUUCGGGCUGGAUUCCCACCGUCAUCCAUGUGCUAUUUAGAUCCCACUCCUCCGUCUGUGCACGUCCAUCCACGCCAACCCGCGUAGUGCCGUCAGUCAAGCGAGUACCUACAAUCACGCAUUUGUGUCAACAUCCAAAAAUGCGUCAUGUCUCAUCCGUGGAAACGUCACAGUGGAUUGUUGCUUCAAGAGUAGAUAUUUAUCCCUGUCUUUUUGCUAUUUAAUCUAAAGAAAAAAACAAGUUUUGAGGAGGAGGAGGAGGAGGAGGAGGAAGAAAGACAGAAAGAAUAUGCUUUGUACAUACAGUCCGUUCUGGGAUCAGCGUGGUAGUUAACUCUUAUUUAAGACAUUCCGCUCAGCGCAGUUUUUCUUCCAGUAAAAUGUUGAUAAAAGCCCAACAUUUAGUCCUCCAGCCAUCACAUAUGUGAUCGAAAGACAAACGACAACUUGGUGAAAUGGAAGGAAGGAGUGGGAAAGAGAUCAAAGUGUCGAUGCUCGAGUCGUGACGUCAGUAGAUAAUUGAUGACGCUGACAGAUACCGGAUGGUCUACCACAUGACUCCCCUCUCUGUCAUGACAUUGUGGGGUAAAAGCUCUAAAAGAAGUACUUACUGUUCAGCACACCACAGGUCACCAUUGGUUAUUUUCUAUUUGUGUUCUUGAAUUGAAACUCAUCUCUACCAACUCUCGUUGGUGGAUUUUUUUUUUUUAAUUCUUAACCUUGUUUUCUUUUCUAAAAGGCUUUUAAUCAUUCCACAGUGAAGUUUUAUACGACAUGUAACAGGGCAUUCAUUUCAUAAGUUGUAACCAGCUUCAUUGGUGUUUAACCUUAUUUUGCACAUUUACACAUAUCUAUAGCAAGACAAAGGCAGAUCACCCAUGUUUCGGUUACGGUUAUUUAUGAUUAUCAGGAACACCGAUAAGAGCACAUAUCAAAGCUACACUGGAUAGCUGUUUAUUGGAAAGGAAGAAGUGAUAUUAAAGGGAAGAAAUAGGCAAAGGUUUUAUUUCUGAUAUUCUUAAUGAAAAUAUUUGCUCUCAACAUUGUACUACUACUGGCUCCUGAUAAAUUCUACCUCUGUUUCUUCAAAAGGUAGAAGUGUGACACGCGCAGAUGGGCGUUAGAUAAACGCUGGCCAACCAACCAGUAGUACGCCCACUCUAUCAUAAGGAAGGGACGUUAUGGUUGAAGGAAACAGAGGUGGCCUUUGCCUUUGCCAGAUUCUAGUGUUGUUGAUGUAAAGAAAUAACAAUUCUGCCUCAGGAGUCAGAAUGAUUGAGAAUCGUGGAGCGUCACUGCCCUCGGGUCAGCCAACCUGCUGGUCAGAGAAACUCAAACCUGCUGGAUUGUUUCAGAGAUAAUGUUUUGUCUGAUGGAAAAAAAAUAAUAAUAAUAAUGAUGAAAAGCUAUCUAUGCACUGAUAAAGGCUCCCUGUGCAACGUGGCUCACAUUAACCUCAGCGUGGUGUGUGACAUGCAUGUCGAUAGGAAGACUUUUUAGAGCAAACAUUUUCACGUCACUGACUAAUUUGCAGAGAUAUAUUAUUUUGGAUUGUGUAUUUAUUGUUUGCAAUGUACAUAUUAGUUUGCAGCUCUUUGCACAUAUUAAUAAAAGGUUCAACUAACCGAUCAAAUAGUCUGUGGGGUUUAGUUGUUCUACUCCGAGUGAACCAAAUGAUGGUGUGGCAGCCUCUUCCGCUCUGAACCGGGAGAGCGUUGAAUGUAAAAUGAAGAGGUGUUUUUCCAUCGUUUAAUAUGAAGAGCAAAAAGAAGAUGAACUAAAAUGAACCCAGAGCAUCUUUUUCAGGGGAGGUGAGUUAGAGUAGGUCCUCUUUAUUAGAAGGUGGUUUGAGUGAAAGUCUGUUUUGGAUUUGAAGAAUAUUUACUACUACUCGUGCUAGCCAGCCACUUGAAUUAUAACUAAAUUAGGGUGGUUUUUAACUCAUUCAUUUUUUUUUCUAAUAUCAGGGAAUAUAAUAUGAAGUAGCUAGUGACAUCAAAAAUGACAGUAUACUAUUGUUGUAACGGUGUCUUUCUUCACCUAAACAUUUUGAUUUAUUCUUCCGUUGAUGCCUUUCAAAACAAAGCUAGCAAUGAUAGUUUCCAUCUUCCCCUCUGAUAAUUAAUAUCAGUUAACUGCAUUCUCUUUGGAUUUGUCCACCAAAAAAAGAAAAGAAAAGACAAACCACAACAUUUACCACUGUACAUUAUUUGUCAGACUGGUUUCAUUUUCAUACUUAUUUUGUAAAUAUUUGUGUUGUAUGGAGCUUGAAUUAAAAUGUAAAUAUGUUUACUGUAUUUGUAAUAAUUAUAAUCCAUUCGCUGUAUAGCAUAGAUGUGUCAUGCAGAUAUCCUAAUUCUGUGUAUGGUAAUCUUGCACCAUUGAACUGUUUAGUGAAUGAGGCAAAAAUAAAAGUGCAAACUUUGCGUUAGCAAAACAAG